AUGUUUACCACAGAAAAAGGAGCCAAAACCGCUUUGCGAUUAGAGUUAAUUCAAGGAACUAAAAACCAUUACAGUAUUAGAACUGGGGAAAAUACUCCUAACUUGACCGGAGAAAUAGAGGAUUUAAGUGAGUUUCAGAAUUUAAAAGGUAUUAAUGCUUCCAAUAAUCAGUUUACUAAAUUGGAUGCUUUGUUAACUUUACCGAAUAAAGAUAAAGUAGAGAAAAUUAACUUUUUUGGAAAUAAAAUUGGGGAAGUAGAUUUAGCCAAAAUAUUUACUGAAUUUCCUAAUUUAAAGUAUCUGAAUUUAGACUAUAAUCCGUUAAGUGUAAAAAAUUUAAGUAAUUUAACUAGUUCGCAAUUAGAGAAAUUGGUAGAGGGUAUGAAAAAUAAGCAAAUUAGAAUUAGUGCUAGUAAAGGAACGGUUUUGGCUGAUUUAUUGGAGUAUACGCAAGGGUUAAUUAAAAGUGGUGAUGGGACACAAAGGCAACAGGCACAGAGAUUACAGGCUAUUUUGCAGAGUGGCUCAAUAGAACCGAAAAAUAAAGGAGAGAAUAAUUCUAAUUAUACACCGCUAAUUAUUGGAGAAUUACAAAAAAUUUUGAUUGAAGCUGUUUCCAAAACUGGUGAUUUAGUGGUUGACCCCGCUGCUGACACCAAACCCGGAAGAAAAGACGGAGCCUAUACCCGAUUACUUGGCAACGAACAACUGGGAGCAUUAAUUAGUCGCAUUCAUUCAGCCUCCAUUUCGUCAGGGGUGGAAUUGGAGAAACUUGUUUUAGCCAAAAGUGAUUUAUUUUUAGUGCAAACCGCCGAGGAAAUGGAAAGUUUACUUUCUAAUGGAGAAAAGUUUGAUAAGAAAACUUAUCUAAUUCCUAAAAAAGUAGUUAAAAAGUCAGCCAAAUUCAAAAGCGAACAUGAACCGGAUUAUUUAAUUCUAAAAAAGGCUACUAAAACACUUUACAUAACCGAGUUAAAAGAUGGUGAUGCUUUUGAUACUAAAAAAUCAGCAGGAGAAGCAGAGAGUUUACGAAAAUUUAAAAAUCAUAUCUCAGAAAAUGUUCCUUAUAAAACUCUGAUACUGGUUUGCUGUUUUAACCAAACUAGUAAAGAAAAAAUUCUUCAAGGGUUUAAAAAUAAGAUAAAACCGAAUGAAGCCUUUACCGGUCAAGAAUUUUGCGAGUUAAUUGGGAUAGAUUAUCAAGCCAUUGUUAAAGAAAGAAAAGAGCAGGACCAAAAAGAGAAUAUUAG